AUGACUUUGUGGCACAGCUGGCCCAGGAGGGGCUUCCAGACACCACAUCGGCUGCGUCUACAAAACACUGAGGCCCAGACCAGGCACACUCACACCUGGAUCAUCUCACCUCUUUGCCUGAACAUUCCUCCAGCAUCCAAAGCCUCACCCACAGCCAGUACUCAAGCUGGACCCCUUCUGGGACCCAGCCUUGCUGUGACAGCUGGCUGGCUGAGAAGGCCGCUUAUUCUCAUACCAUCUCAGUCGGUGUGGAAUUCAACUUGCAAAAACUGGCAGACAGCAACAACUGAUCUGGAAAAAUAUUACCUGUCCAUUUUUUAUACAAUCGAGUUCAUUCUCGGAAUCCUCGGAAAUACUGUUGUAGUUUUUGGUUACCUCUUUUGUCUGAAGAACUGGAAUAGCAGCAAUGUUUAUCUCUUUAAUCUUUCUAUCUCUGACUUGGCUUUUUUAUGCACCCUUCCGAUGCUGAUAAGAAGUUAUGCCAAUGAAGACUGGUUAUAUGGGCGCGUGCUUUGUAUAAGUAACCGAUAUGUGCUUCAUGCAAACCUCUACACCAGCAUUCUUUUUCUUACUUUUAUUAGUAUUGACCGAUACCUGCUCAUGAAACAUCCUUUCCGGCAACACCUUCUGCAAAAGAAGGAGUUUGCCAUUUUCAUUUCCUUGGCUAUCUGGGUUUUGGUAACACUACAGCUAUUGCCCAUGCUUAACUUUAUAAAUUCUUUUAAACUUGACAAUCGCACCUAUUGUAGAGAUUAUGCAAGCUCUGGGGACCCCAAACAAAGUCUUAUUUUCAGCUUGUGUCUGACAUUCACAGGAUUCCUCAUUCCUCUUUCUAUGAUGGGCUUCUUCUAUUUCAAGAUUGCUCACUUCCUGAAGCAGAGGCGCCGACAACUGACUACCGCAAUGCCCCUGGAAAGGCCACUCAACUUAGUUACCAUGGCGGUGAUGAUAUUCUUAGUACUUUUCACUCCGUACCACAUAAUGCGGAACGUGAGGAUUGCUUCACGUUUGGAAAGCUGGAACUUGUCCCAUUGUACUAAGGUCAUCAUUCAUGCCUUGUACAUUGUAACCCGACCGUUGGCGUUCCUAAACAGUGCCAUCAACCCUGUCUUCUAUUUCCUCAUGGGAGAUCACUUCAGAGAGAUGUUGAUAAAUAAACUAAGACAACAGUUCAAACUCAUUACAUUCUGUAGAAGAUGA